CCACCUCAUGAAUCACCUCAUCAAGUUCAAAUGCAUUCACUACCACAGCAAAACCCCCAACAUAUAAUUCAUAUUCCAUGAAUGCCUCCCAAGACAAUAAUGCCUCAAUCCUCACAAUGGACCCUGACUCAGCCGCCCCCAAUAAACCAGAACCCCUAAAGCACCCACGUAGCCAUUAUUGGAAAACCACAAAAAAAGGCCGCAUCAUGGAAAAGUGGGUGCUGGAAAAGAAUAGCGAGGGGAAGACGGUGCGGAAGGUGGAUCUCGUGCAUCCGAAGACGGGAGCGAGGAAAAGGAAGAGGGUGGGACGGUAUGAUAGGUUGCCUGCGCUGGUGAGGAUUGCGAGUGGUGGUGCGAGGAUGGAAGGGGGGGAGGGGAAUGAUAAGGGGGAUGAUGUGGAGGAGGAUGGGGAGGGAGAGGGGGAGGGGAAGAAGAAGAAGAAGAAGUGUGUGGUUAUGUAGUCCGGUGGCUGGUCGGGAGAUGUAAUUCUG